CGCUGUGAAGAUGAAGCUCUCUGAGACUGAUUGAUUUCAAAAGUGAUCCAGUUUCAGGGUGUUUCAGGGCUGACGUUGGACGAGUUCGAGGCGCAGACAUGAACGCAGAUCUGGAUUACGGAGGAUCCGGGAGCAGCGGCAACGGAAAGCUGCGCCAGUGGCUGAUCGAUCAGGUGGAUUGUGGGAAAUAUCCCGGGCUGGUGUGGGAGAACGAGGAGAAGAGCAUCUUCAGGAUACCCUGGAAACACGCCGGGAAACAGGACUACAACCGGGAUGAGGAUGCCGCGCUUUUUAAGGCCUGGGCGCUGUUUAAAGGCAAGUUUCGGGAGGGCAUCGACAAGCCAGACCCCCCGACCUGGAAGACCCGACUCCGCUGUGCCCUCAACAAGAGCAAUGACUUUGAGGAGCUGGUGGAUAGGAGCCAGCUGGACAUCUCAGACCCUUACAAAGUGUACCGCAUCAUCCCUGAGGGUGCUAAGAAAAGACCCCGGCAGGAGGACAGCCCUCUGAGCCCAAUGAGCUACCAGAUGCACCCCUCCUACCCUACCCUGCAGCCUCAGGUUCCUCAGUACAUGCCCUCAGCAGAGUGUGGUUGGAGGGAUUACUGUCAGGAGCCGCCCGCCCUGUCUGAGCUUCCCUACACUCAGUGUCCCUGUCCCCCUCGCAGUCUGCCGUGGCAGGGCCCGUCCAUGGACAACGGAUACCAGCUCAGAGCGUCCAUCUACUCGUACAAUCCUGCAGACAGCCAGCCAUCUCCUUUCACUCUGGAUGCUGGAAUCAGAUCAGCAGAAGCUCUUUCAGACCUCCGCCUGCACGUGUCCGUAUAUUUCCGGGACACUCUGGUGAGGGAGGUGACCGUCUCCAGUCCCGAGGGCUGCCACAUCACUCCAUGUUCCCCUGAGGAGAAGCACUUCAUGCAGUCUGGAGGUCGUGAGGUGGUCCCCCUGCCUGUGGACAGUCUGUCCGCCCAGAGGAGGACGGACGAGUGUCCCCCGAGCCCCCCGUAUGACCUGGAGAGGGGAGUGUUACUGUGGAUGGGCCCAGAUGGACUCUACGCCCGGCGUCUGUGCCAGAGCAGAGUGUACUGGCAGGGAGGACUGUCCCAGUACGGAGACAAACCCAACAAACUGGAGAGAGAGGUCACCUGUAAACUGCUGCACACACAGGACUACCUGACAGAGAUCCAGAGUUAUGGGCUCCACGGUCGUCCCCCGCCUCGGUUCCAGGUCCUGCUGAGCUUUGGAGAUGAGUGUUUGGACCCACAGAGACAAAGACGCACCCUCACAGUCCAGGUUGAGCCACUGUUCGCCCGCCAGCUCCUCUACUACGCCCAGCAGAUGGGCGGCCACUACUAUCGCAGCUUCGAGCACCCGGGAGUCACAGAGCACGUAAACCCAUCUGAGGAAUACCAGAGAGCCAUCCAGCACCACCACAGCAGCAGCCUGCAGGAGUGAGCCCAGCAGGAGUGAGAGACUAUAGAAAGCUCUGAGAACCCAAGAGCCUUUAAACAAAGACGAGAGGGCAUACAUGAACUUUGAAACAUGACGUUUAUGUUUGUUUUUACUGUUUGUCUCUGAAAUCAAAGCUGUAGUGUAAUUUUUAGUAAUUGUAUUAUUUUCUAGAUAUUUUUCUACUGACUAUGCAAAGAAAACUGACAGCUCUGGUGAUUGUAAUGUAAGAUGUGUGGUGAAUUUAAGUGCCUUAACACAACAUGUAAACUUUUUUAUACAUAUGCAAGCUUAUUAUCUUUCUUCCUUUGACUUAAUUAAGAAUUUUAACACCAGUCUUAAAGCGCUAAGUUAAUGUAGCACAAUGACUGCAAUUAAGAGAAAGAUGGACAGAUAAGCUUCAAAGUUUACUCUAAAAGAUUUAAAGAUUUAGUUGUUAAAUCCAUGCAAAAACUACAGCCCUCAAAAAACAUUUCUUUGCUUUAUCAGGGUAAUAAGUCAGACGAUUUACUGGCCAUAGCAUUUGUUAUUAGCUAGGAGACUGGACAUUACUCAGAGCCAAAUGGGUCAUAAGUCAAUAAGCAUAGGACUAAGGAAGUCAUUCUCUAAACUUCAACUGUUGCUGGUACUUUCUGUUUCCACAUCGGACGAAUAUGUCAGCCAUACUGGACAUGUGCCACAGCUGCACACAGCAAACAUGCACCCAUUCUGAAACAAUCUUGAAAUUUGUGCUGUUUGGUGAUUCUGCUUGACUAUAGAGGGGGUAGAAGAGUUCAGAUUUCAGAUUUUUGUCUGUGGAGGAAAAACAAGCUCGAAGAAACCUCUGGGUUCAGGGUUUGAGAACAGGACUUCAAAAGAUUAAGGCCAGAGUCCUUUAUCGCCCACAGUCACAAUUUUAGAGCGCACCUUAGCAUUUGCUAAAUUAUGAAACUGACUUUCAAUUUUCCCUGUAGUAUGCACUUGGUCUUUAAUUUAUUGCGUGGACUCAAUGUUUUCCUGUAUUUAAAGAAAUGUUGCUAAAAGCAAUGGAAAAGAAUCCUGUUCUGCAUUUGCAGCUCUAGACCUUGGAUUUAUUCCCUCAGAAAGAUGAGACCGGACCAGUUUCUGUUCUGCCAUUGUUGUUGUUGACAAAGCUGAUAUCAGAGGUCCCGUCCAUUCUUGCGUUUAAUUGGCCAGUAAGGGUUGAGAGACAGGGACAAGUGUAGUGUUGUUCCACAAAAUGAAGUACUUUCAACUGAAGCAUCAAAAAGCAGCUGAUGCAAAGGGAGCUUUUAUGUUUAGGGUGCUGAUUGGUUUUGUUCUGAAUUUGGUAGAUACCACUGGCAAAAAUAGUGGCAAUGGACAGGCCCCCAAUGCAACUUGAUGUCAAACACAACACUAUAUGCAGCAAUCUAAAUUAAUGUUGAAAGCAUUUUCUGAAACAGAGUCUCAGUGAUUUUAGAUCAGUCCUUUCUGUAUUAAACAACAGGUCAGUAUGAUGGCUACUGGCAGUCCUUAGAAGCUGAAGAUUGGGUUUGAGUACUUUACUCACUUUUAGUUCAUUGAUAAAAGCAAUCCAUCUUGGUACUUUGCCCAAAGAAUGCCAGCCCUGCCGCUUCUGGUCAAAAGUGUCCCAUCUAAGUCAGGGGUGUCCAAAAUUUUUUGACUCAGGGCCACAUACCGAAAAUUAUAAGGAUGGUGGGAUCACUUUCACUGACCUCUUUAUGAUACUGAAGCCCCUAAGUCCAGUCUAAUUUAGGCUAAGAUGUGCUUAGUGAUUGGAUAUUCUUACAUGGCUAGUUAAUACCUGACAAGCCACAUAGCCAGACAUUUCAAGGAUUUUAGGGAGGCCAGUCAGGUUUCAGGGCCUGUUUGGCCCUUGUUAUCAUCGCCUAUCCUUCCUGGUCAGAGCGAGAAUGGCGCUCCAUGUACCAGAGACUUUACUAUGGUGUCUCAGUUUAAGUCACAAAAAAGCACAUCAAUUUGAAGAUUGUCCUGUCAAAAUGUUUGUUUACAGAAUUAAGGAACUAGAAACUAGGUAACACACUGAUCCAAACAAACUCAUACCAUCUUUACAAACUAAUUUUUUCUGUGUUUUUUUUAUUGACAGAUGUGUUUAGUUUUGUGUUACCUCCCCAGAUGAGCCCCCAAGGUAAAAUAAAACUAUAAUCACCUGUCAAUAAGAAAACAUGGAUAAGAUACACUGUCAAGCACAAGCUUCAUGUUCUAAUGUGGGCCAUUUUCCAUUCUUGUUGUAGAAUUUGCUAUGGACUAAAGGCCCCAUUUGGACAUCCCUGAUCUAAAUGAAUGGUGGCAAAUGGGGAGAAACUAGCCUUGCAAGGCAGAUGGAUAUGCCCGUUUCCUUGUUUCUCACUGGCAAAUCCAUCUUGCAAAGCUCCCAUCUGAACUUUUUGGGCCCAGUUAGAAAGUGACAGGACCAAUCAGCGACGAGGGGCAGUACUUUCGGGCGCGGCAGAGUCGUGACGAAAGCAAGCAGCAACAAGAGGGCAGUGACGUUAUGGAAGGAGACAUUAGCGUGGAUGCUGCUAAAGCAGAACUUGAUGAACAAAGACCAGCAGUGAGAUGUUUUCUUUUCAAAAACGACAAAAGUUGUGUACUGACAUGUCUAUAGUCGCCAUGUUUCA